AUGCUGAGAAAUCCACACCAACUUUUACUUAUAUUCAUUCAUGGGUUUAAAGGAGACGAUCAGACUUUUCAAGACUUUCCAGUACGGCUCGCCACAACAAUGGGCAACCAACCAAACCUCACCGCCAAAUCAAUAGUCUAUAAAAAGUACGAAACACGUGGUCAUUUAGCUCAAGCUGUGGAUGCAUUUUGUUUAUGGCUUGAUACUGAAGUGAAAGCACAUGAAGAGGAAAAAAUACAAAUUGACGGCGAGAAUGUAUUUGCUCCUGUUUGGGUCUGUUUGUUUGGUCAUUCGAUGGGUGGGAUAAUAGCCGCUGAUGCUGUUCUAAAAUAUAGGAGAUUAGGCGCGGAAAAUUCACCAAAGAUAAUAGGACUUCUCGCUUAUGAUACUCCUUAUUAUGGAUUAGAAUAUGAUAUGAUGAACACCGUAUACACUCGCGCCACUGAAUAUAAAAACCAAAUAGAAAACACAGUAUCAAUGGUUACAGCAGGAGCAGUAUUAGCACAAUCGUUUUGGGGUGGCAAAAACAAAGAAGAAACUAAAUCAUCUACUUCUGAGACUAAAACAGCAAAACCUUCAAAUGGAUUUGGUGUCUUAAAAUGGGGCGCAGCUGCUUUGGCCGUUGGUGCUGUUGGUACAAUGACUUAUAGGCAUAAAGAGAAAGUUGGUGCUGGAAUGGAUUGGGUUAGUAGUCAUUUGGAGUUUGUUAGUGCAUUAAUAAGAAAGGAUGAAUUGAAAAAGAGACUUGAUGAAUUGAUGCAAGAUCCUGAUAUUAUAUUUCAUUGUUACUAUACUUUGAUCCCUCCCCGAGUUUUCGGUGGUACAUCAAAAACCUUUAUCGCCCUUCCACCUAAUCACAUGCGCAAAUACUUCUCGCCGUACGAGUGUGAUGUAGACAGUGAGAUUGACGCGCACACUACCAUGUUUGAUCCAAAAACCAAUCAUAAUUAUUAUACCUUGGCUGAGAUGACUUCACGUCAAUUACUAAAGAUUUUGGAAAAGUUCGAGUAG